CUUCGUUUCCUUGCAGUAGGUUUUUGUUUUGCAUUGUUGAGCAAAGCCUCUCCGCUUCCUUUCAUAACUUUUCUUUGCUUUGUCCAGCCGGCUUUGUUAUUUUUCAUUCUUGUCCCCAAAUACCCCUUUUUUACUUAAUUUCUUUGUUUGCAGACGAAGCUGCUUUUCUCUUGUUUGAUUGGUUCAACAGGUCCUUUGUUUAGGUUUCUUUGUCUUUAGGUUAUUCCGUUUUCCUUAAAUACCAUCGAUAGCCACUACCGCACCUUCACUUCAGUCUUAUCCAUCCACCAAGACUACAUUGCAUUCAAUUUUUCUUGAGGAUACUGAUUUUUGUAGUUAUUUUGUUUUUCCCUCUUCAUUUUUUAUUUUUUCGACCUUGAAACAGGUUUUUUUCUAAUUCUCUCCUUGUAUUUAUGGAACGUUCUUAAAGAAAUCUUUCCUUUCUCUUCUCUUUUCUCAUUUUUCGCUCUUUUCCUUCAAAUAAACCAAAAAUAUUUUUCCUUCUUUCCCAGCCAAACACCCACAUUCUUCCAAAAAUUCUUUUAUUAUCAACAAUCCUUUUAAAGGUUUUUCUUUCUUUUUUUUUUAAUUCUUUUCCAUUGUGCGUUUCCGCUUGUCUCUACGUCCCCUCUUUCUGUGAUAUAAUUGCUUUGGGUUUAUCUUUGUUUACCCUCAUUUUGGUUAUUGUCCCCUAACAUUGUUACCUGCUUUUGUUUGUUUACUCGGUCCUAAUUUGCCCCAAACUUUUGCCGUUUCUUGGGUGUUUUUUUCUAAUCUCUCUCCUUAUUUUAUAUAUAAUUGAGCAUUUCCUUUGUGGAGUUUUUACAUACAAUUUCUUUUUUCCUAGUUUCAUUGGGUUUGUCUUUUUUGCUUUUUUUUCUCUUCUUCCUUUUUUUUCAGCCAAUUUGACUCGUUUUACCUUUUACCUUUGAUCUUUUAAUUUUAAUUGAAAGCAACAUAGCAGUUUUUUUUGCUGUUCCUUCGUCCUUUACUACUGUUUGUUUCCCAAUUACUCGAUAGUUUGUAUCAUCCUGGUUUCCGUACCCGUUUGGAGUUUCCUUUUCUGAUUCUUUUGUUAUUUUUGAAGAAGCUCAUUCCCUUCUGAGCUGACAUAUAUUGGUGCUUUCUAAUAAGUUUCUGUUUCUUGUAAUUCAUUGUCUUUUUUAACUUUCUUUUUGAUUCAAGAAUUGCUGCUUCAUUAACUUAAUUUUUAUAUUUGCAACUCUUGGUUUUAUUUUUUAGUUUCUUUAAAUCUCUUUCGAGUAUCUCACAUAAUCUUUUCGUGUUCUUUCUUUUAUGAUGGCAUCUACAUCCUCGGUUUCAUUAGCAUCUCAUUCCUCUUCGGAAUCUACUUUUCAAAUCGACAUAGACAGGACCCUUCAUGCUCUCCCUUCCAGUCUUCUCGACUCUCCUUUGUUGUCUAACGGCGGUGAACCCUAUAACCAAAAGUCUGGCCAGCUUUUGAACAGUAUCCACCAUAACCGAACAAUGGGUCUAUCUUCUAACAAUUCCAAGGAAAAUAUGAACGGUGAUCGAAAAAUCGAAUCUAUUCCUGGUUUAACUUAUACCCAAAAUGAUGAAAACGCUUUUCAAUAUUCCUCUGUAGCUCUGCCCGCUGCCGAGUCUGCAAAAUUUUCAGAGCGAAAGAUGCCUUCCAGAGGAGAAACUUUUACUGAAAGACAGCCUUUGGGUUCUUGGCAGACAAAUGUGGCUCUUUCAGAAUCACCUCCUCAACCUUCUACUUACAGUGAUUAUGCUGCACCCAAUGUAAACAGUUCUUUGCUUUCAUAUAACCAGUUUCCAACAGCUCUUCACCGCUCUGCUUCAUAUCCCGGCCCAUCUGAUGAUUUGGAUAUGUUUUCUUCUGCAUCCAGAUAUCUGUUUAUUUCAAAUUUACCCCGAAUCGUCCCUUAUGCUACUUUGUUGGAGCUUUUUUCCAGAUUUGGUGACGUGAAAGGAUUGGACACAUCCGCCUUGUCAACUGAUGGUAUUUGCAUAGUUGCUUUUUUUGACGUUCGUCAAGCUAUCCAGACAGCAAAAAUACUUCGCACACAGCGUUUUUUUAAUGAUCGCUUACUGAACUUUCAAAUUUGUCAGCGCUCUAGCAUUCAGCGUAUGAUUAAUCAGGGCGCUCCUAUUCAGUUUCUUGAUGAUAACGAAGGUCAGUUGUUGUUUACCAUGCAAGGGCAGGUAACUCUUUCUAUUCAACAAUUGCAGUCUAUUUUACAAACAUUUGGUCCAUUGCUUUGUUUAAAGCCUCUCAAGGGUCAAAAUCCCUCUCAAAUCCUUUGCGAAUUUUAUGAUACUCGUGAUGCAUCAUUCGCCUUGGAUGAACUGGAUGGUAGAAUCAUUCAUAACUGCUGUCUACAAGUUGCUUAUUACGAUGCUAUGGUAGAUUCUGUUAGUUCGUCUUCCAUAUCGAGUCACUCUGUUAAUAAAAGCAUCAAUUCGACUCAAGCGCCGAAUGACUGGAUGUACCCGUCGACGAAUAAUGGUCAAGAUGUUACGCCCUUGUUAAAAAGGACAUCUUCUAAUUUGGGAUCUCAAUAUUCUACUUUGUCCAAUUCAUUAAGAUCAGUUCCUUUAGGGCGUACCGAAUCUUCACCAGCUUGGGGCACUGGAGGACACUAUGACCUUUUGUCUACGAGUCCAACUGUUUCAAUGAACAACAGUAGAAGGCCUUUAAGUGCAUCUCGUUACAGUAUGGAUGUUUCUCCUAUUGCACCUCCAACCUCGAGUCGUGGAAAACAAAGAGCGGUAGAUCUCUUAAAUGGAUAUUCUGGACAAUGGAAUCCAUUCACACCUUCUUCUCUUAAAGGAGGAGUAGAUUCUCCCACAAACUCUGUCGGUAUGAGACGAAGUUUGACAGUAGAUGCUAAUGCUUCACGUUCUAAUCCGGCUAAUUUAAGCUUUGCUUCGUUGACUCUUCACGAUUCACGUGCUGACCCUAGUGGUUUCUGCCCUGCGCCUUUUUAUGGAGCCGAGAAUGGUUUUCAAGGUCUUACAGCUGUUCCUGAAAGACCGAUUUCGGUUGAUAGAAAUUCAGUCGAUUACGCACGCAUUGCAGCAGGGCUCGACAAUCGCACAACUGUGAUGAUCAAGAACAUUCCGAACAAGUUUACGCAACAAAUGCUUCGUGAAUACAUCGACCUUACCAACCAAGGAACAUAUGACUUUUUGUACCUUCGCAUAGACUUUGUAAAUAAGUGCAAUGUUGGGUAUGCGUUCAUAAACUUCAUUGAGCCUGAGGCGAUCGUCACUUUCGGCAAAGCUAGAGUGGGUACUCAAUGGAACGUUUUCCACUCUGAGAAGAUUUGUGAUAUUAGCUAUGCUAAUAUUCAGGGAAAAGAAAGACUUAUUGAGAAAUUCCGCAAUUCAUGCGUUAUGGAUGAAAAUCCUGCUUAUCGUCCUAAAAUUUUUGUUAGUCAUGGACCCAGUAGGGGAAUGGAAGAAUCUUUCCCAGCUCCUAAUAAUGCUCGUCGUAAGCUGAGAUCCAUUGCAAGUGCUCAGCAAAUUGGCCUUUUCCCUCCUACAGCUAGCAAGUGCUAGUUUUCCUUUUCUUAUUCUUUGGCUUUGCUUUUUUGUAUGUUUAUGAAUACGUCUAUGAUCUUGUAUACUUUAACAUGGAAAUGUGUAUAAUUAAUGAUUUGCUUGAUUUAAUGAUUUAUGUGUUUUGAUAUGAUAUGAUUAUUUGCGACAAGUGAAAUUUUAAGAAUUCGAUACUCGAUAAUCGGAGAAAAAAAAAAGGUUAUUGAAUUAGAAAUCUUGUUUCUGCUACAACCACAAUUGUGUCCAGUGAAAAGUCGAAAUCUGUGUAGCGGAGACGAAGAUUUAAAUAAAUUAUGAUUAGACUUAAUACAUUAAUAAUUAUUCUUAUAUGAA